ACCACACUAGCUCACAACACCUCUUAUCUUCUUUAACCAAAACCAAAGAAAUAAGAAAAAGAAAAUCACAUUAAAUAAUUACACAAUGGCAGCCAUUGCUACUUUCUCUGCCCUUUCUCUUUUAUUUAUGGUCCUUAACCUUUGCCUUAGAGGCACUUACGGUGACUAUGGAGGAGGAUGGCAAUCUGGUCAUGCCACAUUUUAUGGAGGAGGAGAUGCUUCUGGCACAAUGGGAGGUGCUUGUGGCUAUGGAAAUUUGUACAGCCAAGGGUACGGGACAAGCACUGCAGCACUAAGCACAGCUCUGUUCAACAAUGGGCUAAGCUGUGGGGCUUGUUACGAGAUGAAAUGUAACAAUGACCCAAGAUGGUGUCUCCCCGGCAGCCUCAUCGUUACGGCCACCAAUUUCUGCCCCCCAAACCUUGCUUUGUCCAACGACAAUGGUGGCUGGUGCAACCCUCCUCUUCAGCACUUUGAUUUGGCCGAGCCUGCUUUCUUACAGAUUGCUCAGUACAAAGCUGGAAUUGUUCCAGUCUCUUUCAGAAGGGUGCCAUGUGUAAAGAAAGGUGGAAUUAGAUUCACAGUGAAUGGACACUCUUACUUCAACUUGGUUUUGAUCACCAACGUCGGGGGUGCAGGGGAUGUUCAUGCGGUCUCAAUCAAAGGUUCCAAGACAGGGUGGCAAGCCAUGUCGAGGAACUGGGGUCAGAAUUGGCAAAGUAACUCUUACCUCAAUGGUCAGAGUCUUUCCUUCCAAAUCACUCUUAGUGAUGGAAGGGUUAUCACCAGCAACAACGUGGCACCAUCUAAUUGGCAGUUUGGACAAACAUUUGAGGGCGCCCAAGUCUAGAAUUACUAAAAUAGAAUAAAAAAUUAGAAAAGAAAAAGAAAAAAGAGAAAAGACCUUUUUUUUCUUCUUUGAUGUGUGACAGUGUAUAAUAUGUGUAACAUUCUCUGUUACUUUUCUUUGUUUUUGUGGGAAGGGUUAGUAGAAUAGGAAGAAGAGGAGAAAAAGAAAGGCAAGGCCUUUUUCUUGGCCGGUUAUAGCUGAGGUGGCUUAUUGGCACCCGCUAGGCCUUUUGGCAAGGUUUGUGACCAUGUGAGUUUGAGUUCUUGAUUAUUAAUUACAGGAAUACUACUUGAUUUACGGAACAC